CAACUAUUUCAUGACAAGAUAUUGCUAUCAUAAGGACGGCCAUAACUUUGAAUAACACAGUUCAACCAAUUGUAAUAAAUAAGGUAAACCAUUUUUCUACUAAUACAAACAAAACCAGCUAUUUUCCAACUCAUAUUCACAACUAGAUAUUUUUUUUUGUAUAAAUCACUGGUUUAGAAUUGGCUAAAUUUUCUUAUUUAAGAUUAUAUAUGCACACAUGAUUUGAUGAGCCAUUUUCUUCUCUUUAGUUCAUUUUGGUGAGUAAAUAGGUGAUGUCAUCACUUUUCAUUGACCGAAUGAGAUAUUCUCCAAAAGAAGACUAACACAAAGAAAAGCCAACUUUAAGAGCUAUUUCCAAAAUCACCAUCGAUAUUUCCUAUUUCCUAAUAUUACUUCCUUUAACACAUUCUAUUCUAAGAAAAAGAAAAACAUAACAUGAUUAUUUUCUCUACUCUUUGAAAAGAUUUCAGUGAAAGACUCUUGUUGUCAUGGAAAGUCAAGAUUUUUCAGAUCAAAACUUGGACAAGACCUCUAACACCCUCAGCAGUAAAACUGAUCAAGAAUUGUUGAAAGAUGUAAACUUGGAUAAGCAAAAGGAUAUUGAUGAUUGGCUUCCAAUUACUUCAUCAAGAAAUGCAAAAUGGUGGUAUGCUGCUUUCCACAAUGUCACUGCCAUGGUAGGAGCUGGUGUUCUAAGUCUUCCUUUCGCCAUGUCACAACUCGGGUGGGGACCUGGAGUGGUGAUUAUGAUACUCUCAUGGGUUAUCACUCUCUUCACCUUAUGGCAAAUGGUUCAAAUGCAUGAAAUGGUGCCUGGGAGAAGGUUUGACAGAUACCAUGAGUUGGGUCAGUAUGCAUUUGGUGAGAAGCUUGGGCUAUGGAUUGUGGUGCCUCAGCAACUAAUUUGUGAAGUUGGGGUGGACAUAGUUUACAUGGUGACAGGAGGAAAAUCUCUGCAGAAAGUUUACCUUUCAGUCUGCGAACACAAAAAAUGCACUCAUAUCAAUCUCACCGAGUUCAUUAUGAUCUUCGCCUCUUGUCAUUUUUUUCUUGCUCAUCUUCCCAACUUCAACUCCAUCUCCGGUGUCUCUUUAGCGGCCGCAGUCAUGUCUUUAAGUUACUCUACAAUUGCAUGGGGGGCUUCAGUGCAUAGGGGUGUUCAACCAGAUGUUACAUACAACAGCAGAGCAUCAAACACAAAAGAUGGAGUGUUUAACUUCCUGAGUGCAUUGGGAGAUGUGGCUUUCGCCUAUGCAGGGCACAAUGUGGUGUUGGAGAUCCAGGCAACCAUACCUUCAACACCAGAAAAGCCAUCUAAAGGUCCUAUGUGGAAUGGAGUCCUCAUAGCCUAUUUAGUAGUGGCAUUGUGCUAUUUCCCGGUAGCAUUCAUUGGAUACUAUGUGUUUGGUGACAAAAUCGACGACAACAUUUUGAUCACAUUAGAAAAACCCAAAUGGCUAAUCAUAACGGCAAACAUGUUUGUUGUUGUCCAUGUUAUCGGAAGCUACCAGCUAUAUGCAAUGCCAGUAUUUGAUAUGAUCGAAACCGUAUUGGUGAAGAAACUGAAAUUUAGGCCUACUUGGUACCUUCGGUUCAUCUCUAGGAAUGUAUACGUUGGAUUCACAAUGUUCAUUGGUAUGACCUUCCCUUUCUUUGGUGGUCUAUUGGGAUUCUUUGGAGGCUUUGCUUUCUCCCCCACAACAUACUUCCUCCCUUGCAUUAUGUGGCUUGCAAUUUACAAACCAAAGAAGUUCAGCCCGUCUUGGUUGAUAAACUGGAUAUGCAUCACAUUGGGAGUUCUUUUAAUGAUUCUAUCACCCAUUGGAGGCAUGGCAACCAUCGUUAAACAAGCUAAGGACUACAAGUUUUACUCUUAGGAAAUUAUAUAUGUACCUAAGAGAAUAAAUAAGGCUCUUCUGUUUGUUGUGUCACGUGCCCUAUUAUGCUGAACUUGAAUGUAAUGUUGCAUAGUGCAUAUAUACAUUCUAUAAUCAAACUUAUUAUUAAAGAAUAAUUAUAAUUUUUUUCAUAAGUAUUUCACACCUCCAAAAUGUAACUUUUCACCUAUAUUAUUAUUGAAUUAACAGAGUUGUGCUCCCAAAUUAAUGUGGUAAAUUUGGUAGUUGUAAUAGUUCGGAACAUGAUAUGGUAGUGAUUAUAGUUUUAGGUAAAAAUCUCAAGAUAUUGACAUGCUUUGCUUGCUUAUUAAGUUGCUAUGCUCACUACUUGACUCUUUGGUUAACUCAUAAUCAUUGUGUUGUAACAAUUAUAAGUAAUAUUAUACACAAAAAUUAAGAUCAAAGGAGAGAGAGAGAGAGAGAGAGAGAGAGAGAGAGAGAGAGAGAGAGAGAGAGAGAGAGAGAGAGAGAGAGAGAGAGGACAAAAGAUAAAAAACAAAUUUAGUAGAGGAAAAUGCUUUUCUUCUGACAUAUACAUUCAAUAUUUUCCCCCAAAGUACAAAAGAGAAAAAAAAAAGACAAAGCUAACUGCAAAUUUUGAUACUUAAAUCAAUUCUAACUUCUAAACCCAUAAUUCUAAUUCAGUAUACAGAACAACCCCCUUAACCAAUUGACAUUGUUGAAAAAGUAAAGCCAAAAAAAUAAAAAAGUUUAUUGAAGUUGAAACCAAAAUGCAUAAAGACUUUCAUAUAAAUUUAUCUAAGUUUCUUCUUCUCCAAUUUCUCAGUUCUUCUUACUCUGUACAACUCAAUCCAAAGAUUAAUUAUCCAAAGAAUACUAACUGAAAUGGCAGUAAACACCACAACAAUCCAAGACACACAAACCCAUCUGGGAAUCACACCAUCAGCAGCGCCACUCAAGUAAAAAACACCCAUUUUGUAGAGAAAAUAAGGCCCAGCAAACCCACGAACAAUUGAGUACAAAACAUAAAAUGGAGGAGACAAAAGAUCAUACAGUUUGGCUGCAAAUUCAAGGUCGUUUCUUCUAGCGUUGGCGAGUGUCCACGUGUUCUGACAAAAGCUUGUGAUCUCCGCCAGUAUUAGGAGGAAGAGAAUAGCGAAAGCCCCGUGUGAGACCAGGUACCGGCACGUGACGAAAACGAAAAGCGUGGCUAAGUGGUGACCGAUGAAGAGAACGUCGCCGGGAACGAAGGUGAGGUAGUGAAGAAGAUCCAUUAGAAAAUAAGCUAUGCUGUAAUCGAGAACAAUGUUCUGAAAUUCAGUAUUGGCUGAAGCGAACCCACGAUUUGCGUCGGCGAAUAUCGCACCGGCGGCUAAGAAAACCGCCGGUGUACCGUGGAAGAAUGAUAUUAAGCAACUUGAAGCUUCGGGUCGGAUCUUCGGACUCCAAUUUCGGAAGACGAUGAACUGAGCAGAAAGGUAGAUGAUUAAGAAGAAACCCAGGAAGAGUGGGAGAGUCGGUGGGGAUUGAAAUUGGGUUUCUUCCAUGGAAACCCUCAAUUGUUGUUUUUUGAGGUUUUCAAAUUGGGGAAGAAUCAAAAUUAGGGUUUUUUCUUUGUUUUUUGUUAUUGAAAUUUAAAGAGUGAGUUUUUAAUAAAUUAGAGACAAAUGUUAGUGGUUUAUAAAUUCUAGAAAUACCCAGAGAGACAAAAAUAUCUAUAUAAAUGGUCAAUGAAGAAGGU